AUGCACGCCGUGCAAGAGGAAGACUCCCAUGAGGGGGCUUCUCAUCAUCUCAACAAUGAAAAAGGUCAUCACAAUAUGCCCUCUUCUUCAGCCUCUUCCGAUACCCUAGCAUCUCCUACUAGCCCACGGGGCGAAAUCGACCCAGCUGAUGCUGCAUUUAUCACUCAAAUGGUGAGCUGUGAUCAGCAACUAUCUCAAAUUGCAUCUCGAGUCAUUGGUGCCGAUAAUCCCGCACUCGAUCCCGAGAACAAAGAUUUCGACCUCUCUCUCUGGUUACGCCAUAUUGUGCGUCAGCUGAAUCACGAAGGCAUUCUUCAUUCCAAAGCCAGUGUAUAUUUUCGCAAUGUCCAUGUCACUGGUACAGGCGCUGCUUUGCAGCUUCAACAGACCGUGGACGGGAUUUUCACGUCUCUUCUUCGCCCUCGUGAGACAUUCAGUAUCGGCUCCAAACCUCCGAAGCAGAUCCUGAAGCAAUUCGAUGGCAUUCUUGACAGUGGAGAGCUCCUCAUUGUGCUUGGAAGACCGGGGUCUGGCUGUAGUACUUUCCUCAAGACUCUAUGCGGCGAGUUGCAUGGCUUGGAGCUGGACGAGGCCUCCGAGGUUCACUACAGUGGCAUUCCGCAGCAGACAAUGCAGAAGGAGUUCAAGGGUGAGAUGGUUUACAAUCAGGAGGUAGACAAGCAUUUCCCUCACUUGACUGUUGGUCAGACUCUUGAAUUCGCUGCUGCCGCCCGCACUCCCUCUGCUCGUCGAGAGGGAUUGUCUCGCGAAGAAUAUGCCCGAUCGUUCACCAAGGUGAUGAUGGCAGUCUUUGGACUUUCUCAUACUUACAACACCAAAGUGGGCAACGACACUGUGCGAGGUGUAUCUGGUGGCGAGCGAAAGCGGGUGAGUAUUGCAGAGAUGGCCUUGGCGAGGGCUCCGCUCGCUGCAUGGGAUAACUCAACUCGUGGCCUGGAUUCGGCGACUGCUUUGCGCUUCGUUCAAUCACUACGACUUGCCGCAGACAUCGACGACUCGGCCCAUGCUGUGGCUAUUUACCAGGCUAGUCAAGCUAUCUAUGACCUCUUCGACAAGACCGUGGUUCUAUACGAAGGACGUCAAAUCUAUUUCGGUCCUGCAAAUGCUGCAAAGGCUUUCUUCGAGCGACAAGGCUGGUACUGCCCGUCCCGUCAAACAACCGGCGAUUUCCUAACCUCUGUCACCAACCCUGUGGAGCGGCAAGCGCGCGAAGGUAUGGAGAGCCAAGUCCCGCGAACUCCAGAUGAAUUCGAGACGUACUGGCAUCGCUCCCCUGAAUAUCAAGAGCUUCAGCGCAUGAUGAAGGAGCACAAUGAUGAAGUCACCUCGAACUCGGAAAACAACGUCCGCCAACUCAAGGAGCAGAAGGUUCAGGCGCAGGCAGAUCACACUCGUUCAGCUUCGCCCUAUCUGCUUAGUGUUCCAAUGCAGAUUAAGAUGAACACCAAGCGUGCGUACCAGCGUGUCUGGAAUGAGCGCACAUCCACCAUCACCAGUUUCAUUGGAAAUUGCAUUAUUGCAUUGAUUGUCGGAUCUGUCUUCUACGGCACCCCGUCGGAGACGAGCAACUUCUACCAGAAAGGCGCCGUGCUUUUCUAUGCAGUUCUUCUUAACGCCUUGACCGCCAUGACCGAAAUCAACAGUCUAUACUCACAGCGACCGAUUGUCGAGAAGCAUAACACGUAUGCUUUCUACCAUCCAUUCACUGAAGCCAUCGCUGGUAUUCUGAGCGAUAUUCCCGUCAAAUUCUUGCUCGCGGUCGCAUUCAACGUCAUUCUAUACUUCCUCAGCAAUCUCCGUCGAGAGCCCUCACAAUUUUUCAUUUACUUUCUAAUCAACUUCAUCAUCAUGUUUGUCAUGAGUGCGGUCUUCCGGACUAUGGCUGCCAUCACCAAAACCGUUUCCCAGGCCAUGACUCUCGCUGGUAUUCUGAUUCUGGCACUGGUCAUCUACACAGGAUUCGUCGUGCCGGUACCAUACAUGCAUCCCUGGUUUGGUUGGAUCCACUAUCUCAACCCCAUCUACUACGCAUUUGAGAUUCUAGUGGCCAACGAGUUUCAUGGUCGCGAUUUCGCCUGUUCCUCGAUGAUCCCAGCAUACCCCAACAUGCAGGGUGAUACAUUUAUCUGCUCCUCGAAAGGUGCCAUCGCUGGUCAAACUACUGUCAGUGGUGAUGCGUAUAUUUGGGAUUCUUAUCACUAUUCCUACACGCAUGUCUGGCGUAACUUUGGAAUUCUGAUUGCCUUCUUGAUUGGAUUCCUCGCAAUCUACUUCGUCUGCACGGAGCUCAACUCAUCGACCACGAGUACCGCUGAAGUGUUGGUGUUCCGGCGCGGACACGAGCCCAAGGCUUUGAAGGACGGUGGGGUCGAUGAAGAAGACACAAAUGGUACAUCGGUCGUGGCAGCUAAUGAGAAGGCUGAAUACAAUCUGCCAAACCUGCCUCCGCAGCGAGAUCUCUUCACCUGGCGUGAUGUGGUUUAUGACAUCAAGAUCAAGGGCGAGCCCAGAAGGUUACUUGACAACGUCUCCGGCUGGGUCAAACCGGGCACACUGACUGCCCUGAUGGGUGUCAGUGGUGCUGGCAAGACUACGUUGCUGGACGUCCUAGCCCACCGCACCACCAUGGGUGUCAUCACUGGUGAUAUGUUCGUCAACGGAAAGCCUCUUGACUCCAGUUUCCAACGGAAAACUGGAUACGUCCAGCAACAGGAUCUUCAUCUUGAAACCGCUACAGUGCGUGAGAGUCUUCGGUUCAGUGCAAUGCUUCGUCAACCAGCUUCCGUUUCAAAGGAAGAGAAGUAUGCCUACGUUGAAGAGGUCAUCUCAAUGCUGAACAUGGAAGAAUUCGCCGAAGCGGUUGUGGGUGUACCGGGUCAGGGUCUCAACGUGGAACAGAGAAAAUUGUUGACUAUUGGUGUUGAAUUGGCUGCUAAACCAAAGCUGCUGCUUUUCCUUGACGAACCAACUAGUGGUCUGGACUCUCAAAGCUCUUGGGCAAUCUGUAACUUCCUUCGCAAACUCGCCGACGCCGGUCAAGCAAUCCUGUGCACCAUCCAUCAACCCAGUGCCAUUCUAUUCGAACAGUUCGAUCAGCUGCUGUUCCUGGCUCGCGGUGGUAAGACCGUGUAUUUCGGACCUAUUGGUGACAACUCUCGCACUCUCCUCGACUACUUCGAAAACCAUGGAGCCCGUACCUGUGCCGAUGACGAAAACCCGGCCGAGUAUAUGCUCGAAAUUGUCAAUGCAGGCACCAACCCAGAAGGUAAGACCUGGUUCGACCUUUGGAAUGGAAGUGCCGAAGCCGCGGGUGUGCAAAAGGAAAUUGAUCGUAUUCACGAGAGCAAGAAGAACCAGCCUGCCCACGACCCGGAUCAGCUCCCAGACCCAAGGGAACAGUCUGAGUUUGCCAUGCCGCUCAUGAAGCAAAUGCCCAUUGUCUUCACCAGAGUUUUCCAGCAAUACUGGCGUAUGCCAGACUACGUGAUGGCGAAAAUCAUGCUGGGUCUCUGCUCCGGCCUCUUCAUCGGCUUCUCCUUUUUCAGACCCGAUCAUUCCCAGCAGGGUAUGCAGAACCAGAUUUUCUCUCUUUUCAUGAUUUGUGCAAUCUUCUCUUCCUUGGUCCAGCAAAUCAUUCCACUGUUCAUCACUCAGCGUGCACUAUAUGAAGUCCGCGAACGUCCCUCAAAGACGUACUCCUGGGUCGCUUUCAUGACCUCCUCCAUUCUGGUUGAAAUCCCAUACCAGAUCAUCAUGGGUAUUCUCGUUUAUGCAUGCUACUACUAUGCCGUGGAUGGUGUACAGAGCUCGUCCCGACAAGGACUGGCUCUCCUCUUUUUCCUGCAAUUCUUCGUAUAUUCCGGCACGUUCGCAGACAUGGUCAUCGCAGCCUUACCCGAUGCUGAAACCGCAGGCGCCAUCGUCACUCUUUUGUUCUCCAUGGCCUUGACUUUCAACGGUGUCAUGCAAACCCCCGACGCCCUCCCUGGCUUCUGGAAGUUCAUGUACCGCGCCUCCCCAUUCACAUACUGGGUCGGCGGUGUCGCUGCCAACCAAAUGCAUGGACGGGAGAUCAAGUGCAGCGACACGGAGAUGUCAAUUUUCAACCCCCCGUCUGGCGUGACCUGUGGCCAAUACCUCCAGAAGUAUCUCUCCGUGGCACCGGGUUAUCUGGAGAACCCCAAUGCAACCCAGUCCUGUGCCUACUGCUCUCUUUCCACGGCUGACCAAUACCUGGGCUCUGUGCGGAUGGUUUGGGAUGAGCGAUGGCGUAACUUCGGCAUUUUCUGGGUGUACAUUGUAUUUGACAUUGCCGCUGCGGUUGCACUAUACUACUGCUUCCGUGUCAAGAAGUGGAACUUUGGUUCUAAGAAGCAGAAGUCUGCUUAG